CCAAAUUGAGCGUCUCUGCAUCAGGGAGUUUCAUGAGAGAAUCAUGUGGCCACUGAAUUUGCCAUGCUGCAGCAGUAGCUCCUCAAAACUACCCGUGCCUUCCUUUGGCCUUGCCUUCGUCCUCCUGCUCUCCACGGCCUCCUUCGUCAGCUCCUGCACGGAGCAAGAGAGUAGCUCCCUCAUUGACUUCCGAGAUGGGUUCUCGUUGGAGGGCAAUGGCGGCCUCAACAACUCAUGGAUCAACGGCACAGACUGCUGCCAGUGGGAUGGAAUCACCUGCACCAACAGCGUGGUCACGGAGAUCAUGCUUGCUUCUAAAGGCCUCCAAGGGAAGAUCUCACCGUCUCUUGGCAAUCUCACCGGACUGCUGCACCUCAACCUCUCCCACAAUUCACUCUACGGCAGUCUACCAGCAAAUUUGUUGUUCUCCAGCAGUAUAAUCAUCCUGGAUGUCAGCUUCAACCAUCUAUCUGGUCCUCUGCUAGAGCAAAGAUCCUCAAAUCCUGGCCUUCCUCUCCAGGUACUGAAUAUCUCGAGCAACUUCUUUACAGGGCAGUUGCCAUCCACAACACUGGAAGUGAUGAAGAUUCUGGUUGCUCUUAAUGCAAGCAACAAUAGUCUUAUGGGACCGAUGCCACCUUCUAUUUGCAACAACGCCCCAUCAUUUGCCAUGCUUGAUAUUUGUUUAAAUGAAUUCAGUGGUACUACUUCCUCAGAGUUUGGCAAUUGCUCCAUGUUAAAAGUAAUCAAGACUGGUCACAACAACCUUACAGGGGUUCUACCUCAUGAACUUUCAUUGGAGCAGCUCUCUUUUCCAAACAAUGACUUACAAGGGAUUCUUGAUGCAUCCAACCUAGUCAAGCUCGCCAAUCUGAUCAUCCUUGAUCUUGGAUCAAAUGGGCUCCGUGGCAAUAUACCAGAUUCUAUUGGGCAGCUGAGAAGAUUGGAAGAGCUCCACUUAGACAACAACCUGAUGUCUGGAGAGCUACCAUUGGCCCUAGGUAACUGCACAAGGCUCAAGUACAUCACCCUCAGAAAUAACAGUUUUAGGGGAGAUCUUAGCACAGUUAACUUUGCCCAGUUGGAUCUGAGAAUUGCAGAUUUUUCAAUCAACAAAUUCACUGGUACAAUUCCAGAAAGCAUCUAUGCAUGUAGCAACCUAAUUGCACUGAGGUUGGCCUACAAUAAUUUUAUUGGGCAAUUCUCACCAAGAAUAGGCAAUCUCAGGUCCCUCUCCUUCCUUUCUAUUACGAAUAACUCAUUUACAAAUAUCACAGAUGCACUUCAGAAGCUCAAGAGCUGCAAGAAUCUCACCUCCCUGCUCAUUGGAACCAACUUCAAAGGUGAAACCAUACCGCAAGAUGAAGCAAUUGAUGGUUUUGAGAAUCUUCAGGUUCUGACCAUAGAUGCAUGCCCAUUAGUAGGGAAAAUCCCUGUUUGGCUAUCAAAGCUCACAAAGUUGGAGAUACUAGACCUAUCAAUUAAUCAACUUACUGGACCAAUACCAUCCUGGAUUAAUGGACUGAAAUUUCUCUUCUUCCUGGACAUAUCAAGCAACAAGCUAACAGGGGAUAUCCCAACCACAUUGAUGGAGAUGCCAAUGCUACAAUCAGAGAAGAAUGCUGCCAAGUUGGACCCAAAGCUCCUUGAGUUACCUUUCCUAGAGUUACCUGUAUAUUGGACACCAACACGUCAAUACCGCAUCCUCAAUGCUUUCCCCAUUUUAUUGAAUCUAGGCAACAAUGGCUUCACAGGUUCCAUUCCCCCAGAGAUUGGUCAGUUGAAAAUUCUCAAUGUCCUAAACUUCAGGUCCAACAACUUAUCUGGAAAAAUACCAUGGCAAAUCAGCAACCUCACAAGCCUGCAAGCGCUAGACCUGUCAAACAACCAGCUCACAGGUGAACUCCCAUCCACAUUGAGUGACCUACACUUCCUUUCUAUAUUCAAUGUGUCUAAUAAUGAACUGGAAGGGCCAAUUCCAACUGGAGCACAAUUCGAUACAUUUACCAAUUCUAGCUACGGUGGGAAUCCUAAUCUGUGUGGCGCUGUACUCAGCGUCCACUGCAUCUCCGCAUCAAGACACCAAUCCUCCAUCUCACGAGAACACAAGUUGCAUCGUGCAAUUAUCUUUGGAUUUGUUUUUGGAGGACUUGCUGCUCUUGCAUUGCUGGCAUGCUUCCUGAUUGCAAAAUUGGUAUAUGAUGAUCACACUGAGAACUUAGUUCUCCUUCAGAGGCGGUAGCUUUACUGACUGUAUGAUGCUUUGAGCAUUGUGAUCUUAUUAACCCUUGUAGUUUCAUUCAAUUGAAUCCUAUAGUCCCAUGUACAAUUAUUAGACCUUUUUCUAGAAACUAGUACUUUUUAAUCAUUGUCUGUACAUUGUCCUUAUUGCCGCCAAUUUUGAUAGUUGAUAUACUGACCAGAAAUAUCUUGUAUUAUAUAUUUAUAAAGUAAACUGAGGUUCUCAAAUCAACUCAGCGUGCACAAAGGGACACCUAAAACAAUUCUCUAGACUAG